UGUGUUCUUUUCAGAGAGUUGAGUCUAGCUGACGGAUGUGCUCCUGUUUGUGCUUGGUGUGUGUGUGGUUGGGUACCGAGUUGGUUGGGUGUGGUAGGCUGUCAGCUUCCUCCUCUGCUCACCUCACCUUUCCCAUCUCACUCUGCCCUCCUCACCUUGCCCAUCUCGCUCUACCCAUCUUGCUCUCCCUACCUCGUUCUGUCGGUCUCAAUCUGGGAAAGGGGAAUUACGCCAUACUGCCGCAGGGCGGUGGGUAGUGCGGGCGGCUACCGGGGAAGACGGAUGGGCUUGUGAGAGCGGCCGUUGAGGGGUGCAGGAGGAGGAGGAUAUGUGGCACAGCGUUAGAGGAUGUGUGGGUGGGGGGAGAUGGGGGGAAGGAGGG